GUUUUGGCGAUUUAUUUGUUUGUUUUACAUUGUGACUUACUUUCUGACCUUAUUUGUGAAUCAUGCAUAGUAUGUUCCAGGCCGCAAUCCUUUCAUUGCUCCUGCAAUGCAUACAGGAUAUUGUCUUUUUAUGCGGCUGAUGUGAAGGAAGUUUCAAGAUAAUAAUAAUGUAGCGCCAUAUGUGGUUGGAAGAGUAUUGAUUGAUUCAUAUAUGUUGUCUGCGGUGCUUGCACAAAUCCUUUUCCAAGGGACUCGAAGCAUAAUAUUCUCUUCUACAAGAUUCAUGAAUAUUUGAAUAUUUCUAUAAAUAGUUGUAGAAAGAAAUGAUGAUUAUAUAGAAUUGUAUAUCUUUAUUUUAUAUUGGUGGCUAUUGUUAUAUAAGUACUCUUAAUUUUCUUUUGAGAAAAAACAUGUUUUUUUAAAUUUAAUCUAACUUAUAAAUUUGUUUUUUGUUUUUUCUAAUUUUUUCGGGCGAAGGAGAAUGGGAAUCCUUUAGAAGGAUCCUUUAGAAGCAUAUGCUUGUGGUGGAUAAGGUUCCUCCUCUUCGCUCCAAACAAGUGGAAAGCUGUAGGCGUUGAUCCCGCCCCCAAACCACCAAUUUAUUCAUUCCACAGGGAGAGAGGAAGCGAGGAAGAAAAACAAGAGCGUAGAGAGAGCACAACACCUCCCAUGGCUUCAGCCACAACUCGCCCCACCUUCUCCUUCCAUCACCGCCACCAUUUCCCCCAACUCAAGCCCCCUUCUCUCAAACCCCACCAUUUCCACCUCCCUCUCCUCCCCCUCCCCCUCUCCUCCCCUCGCCUCGUCUCCACCACCACCACCACCACCAUCACCAUCUCCUCCGUCGACGUCUCCAAAGAGGAGACCCCUCUUUCCCCCUCCGAAAACACCGACACCACCACCACCACCACCACCACCACCACCCCUCCCGGCGAUGCCGAAAACGCCGGUGUGAAAUCGGAGCCCAAAUUGGACCCCCGCCGGGUAGAGGAGAAGUUCGCCGUGCUCAACACCGGCAUCUACGAGUGCCGGUCGUGUGGGUACCGCUACGACGAGGCGGCCGGCGACCCCUCGUACCCGGUCCCCCCCGGCUUCGAGUUCGCCAAGCUCCCCGACGACUGGCGCUGCCCGACCUGCGGCGCCGCCCGCUCCUUCUUCGAGAGCAAGAGCGUCGAGGUCGCCGGCUUCGCGCAGAACCAGCAGUUCGGCCUCGGCGCCAACUCCCUCACCUCCGGCCAGAAGGCCCUCCUCAUCUACGGCGGCCUCCUCCUCGGCUUCGUCUUCUUCCUCUCAGGUUACUUCUUGCAAUGACCAAUCCAACCUAUUUACAACCCCGGCCUAAAUGAACUGCUGUAACGCAUAAUCUUCUUACCUGUGUUUCCCGACUGUUAAUAAAAUACCUGUUUCAUGAUACCCGCCUGUGUAGUAGAACACUUGCGAUUUAAAACUUGCUUUUUUACUUGUUAAGAGGAAUUGCUCCAGGAGACUACUGCAGAGCAUUGUAUUGGCAGAUACAAGUAUAUAACUUGUCAGAAACUGGAGUAGAUGAUUAUCUAUUGGUUAAACAAUUGCCAUUUAGAUGGUAGUGAAGUUGCUCAAUUAGAAAUGGUGCCCUUAGCCCUGUUAUGAACAACUUGAAUUUGGAGUAAAGAAAACAAUAACACAUUUCAAGUUCA